UAGGAGUUUCUCUAUUUCUUUGAUUAGAGACUAUUUGAUGUUCCACAUGAUUCAAUUUGGUAAUGUCUGAAUUAAUAGAUCAGCUUAUCAAACAUCUUUCGGGAGAUCAAAUAAGCCACAAAUUGUUUUAAGUAGCAUUGGAUUUUAAAAGUUGACCAUGUCUAUUCACCCAUUCACAGACAUAGAUGGGUAUAUAUCUCAGCACCCCCAAAACUGAGAAAUUCUCAGAGGAUGGCGAGAAUGAUAGGGUUAGAUAUGGGCUAUCAUCCAUGCAGGGAUGGCGUGCAACUAUGGAAGAUGCUCAUGCUGCAUAUCCUGCUGCAUAUCCUGAUCUCGAUGAUUCGACUUCAUUCUUUGAUGUUUAUGAUGGUCAUGGAGGCAAGGUUGUUGCAAAGUUCUGUGCCAAGUAUCUUCACCAGCAGGUUCUCAAGCAAGAAGCAUAUGCAGCUGGUGACAUAGGGACGUCACUUCAAAAAGCAUUUUUCAGAAUGGAUGAGAUGAUGCGUGGACAAAGAGGAUGGAGAGAAUUAGCUGUUUUGGGUGAUAAAAUAGACAAGUUUACUGGCAUGAUUGAAGGAUUGAUAUGGUCCCCGAAGGGUAGUGAUGGUAUUGCCCAAGGUGAUGACUGGGCCUUUGAGGAGGGCCCUCACUCUGACUUUUCUGGACCAACUUCUGGGAGCACAGCGUGCGUAGCAGUUAUAAGAAACAACCAACUUCUUGUAGCAAAUGCCGGUGAUUCUCGUUGUGUGAUAUCAAGAAAGGGUCAGGCAUAUAAUCUCUCUAGAGAUCACAAACCUGAUCUAGAGGCGGAGAAAGAGAGGAUUUUGAAGGCUGGUGGUUUUAUCCAUGCAGGACGUGUCAAUGGCAGUUUGAAUCUUUCAAGAGCUAUAGGUAAAACGGAAUUCAAGCAGAAUACAGUUUUGCCUGCUGAAAAGCAAAUUGUAUCUGCAAAUCCAGAUAUAAACACCGUUGAGCUCUGUGAUGAUGAUGAGUUUCUUGUGCUGGCAUGUGAUGGAAUCUGGGAUUGCAUGUCAAGUCAGAUGCUAGUAGACUUUAUUCAUGAACAACUGCAUUCUGAAAGCAAGCUUCCUGUUAUUUGUGAGAGGGUACUCAACAGAUGCUUAGCACCAUCAACAGCCAAUGGCGAGGGUUGUGAUAAUAUGACCAUGAUCUUAGUGCAGUUCAAGAAACCAAUCAAGUCUGACUCACCUGAAGAGCAGCAAUGCAAAUCAGUUGACACUGAAUCGACUCCAUAGUGAAGUCGAGAAUAGUUGCAACUGGUGGUGGGGGAGGUACCUAAUCCUCUUUUCUGAGAAGAUUUGAGAACACAUUUCUCAAAUAUUGGAAUAUGCAUUUAUAGAUGGCUUAGAGCAGGAUUGAUUUAAUGACAUGAAAACAAUACACACACAUAUAUAUGUUAACGAGCUUUGUUUCCUUUUCUUAAAAAUAUACAAUCAUGUAAUUGGGGUGGUGUGGUGUGUCACAGCUAUACCACCAUGACAAUUUUAGUUACAACAUGUAUAGUUGAUUACUUUCAAA